UCUCAAACACAAACUGAAUCUAUGACAAUCUCGAUUUCUAAUUAAGAUGAUCGAUAUAGAUUACAUAAGUAUGAUGGCAGGUUCGGGGUUCGGGAUGACAAGAACCAACUAAUUUCGGUUUAGCUGGCAUAAACUGGAUGGGAAAUGUGGCCGAGGGGUUUGAAAAGUGCACCAUAGUAUGGUUCGUUAACUUCGUUAUCAUUCAUAUCGACCUUAUUAGUAGAGCCUAGAGUGCACGCAUCUACAAAGUGGCGCCCAUAAAAAGCCUUCCUGAAUGGUUAACGACUAAUGAGAUUAUCCGAGGUUAAAGAUAGCACCAAGUCACCAGUUGCGAUCAUCCAUCCGCUCAGAUGAGACCGCGUCCCCAGUGGCGAGCCACCCUUUCUGGGGCGAGGAUUGCAUCAUGUUUUAAUCAUUUUGGGAAUCAUUUACGUUGAACUGGACGGAGGACGACUUUGAAAAAGUUAGACAAUAAUUCAAGCUAACUACUCUCUCUUCACACAUUUUUUGCGUGUAAAACAGGACUUACUUGCACUCUCUUAUUAGUCUUGAAUCUUGAUCAACCAAAUUAAUUUACACAAAAUACAUCUCUGCUUCUGAUUUAGCUCCAGCUCCUGCAGAUUUUACAAAGAAAAUUAUCUUAAAUUGAAUGAUGGAGCUGUUGUCAGUUUAUUAUACUGAACCAUGUUUGUUAUUCCCUAGUAGUAGUAGUAGUUGUUGUAAUUUAAACAUGAGAUUUGUCUCCACAAACUCUAAAUCGAGCCGAACGAAACAAUUCGUUAGAUUUAAAAAGACACGGUUAGUUUGUAGUAGUAUGUCCAGCUCCUCAAGAAGGGAUUCACUGCAAGGGGAAACAUCUGGAUCACUUGCAAGCUCGGAUCAAUAUGUGAAUUGCUUAGGUGAAGGCUACACUACUAAUUAUGUUGUUGGCCGCGGAGUAGAAAGCAGCACAAUUGAUGAUUCUGUUAAAAAGAUAUUGAUUCCGGGUCUGCCACCGCAAGAUUUGAACGGAGACUCAGGUUCGACAAUUACUAGUUGUUUCUGGGAGUGGAAGCCGAAACUUACUGUGCAUUACGAGAAAUCGGGGACGGAAAACGUGGAUGCGCCGGCUUUGCUUUUGCUGCCUGGUUUCGGUGUAGGGUCAUUUCACUAUGAGAAGCAACUCAAGGAUCUUGGCCGGCAAUAUAGAGUGUAUGCUUUGGAUUUUCUUGGGCAAGGAAUGUCAUUACCAGCUGAAGAUCCAACUCCUUCGGCUAAGGGUGGAGAAGAUACUUCAGCUGAAGGAAAGGACUCGGCGAUGUGGGGCUUUGGAGAACAAACGGAGCCGUGGGCUAAUGAGCUGGUUUAUUCAAUGGAUUUAUGGAAGGACCAGGUUACACAUUUCAUAGAGGAGGUUAUUGGGGAGCCUGUUUACGUCGUAGGCAACUCACUUGGAGGAUAUGUUUCACUAUACUUUGCAGCAUGUAAUCCUGAAUUAGUUAAGGGUGUCACAUUGCUUAAUGCAACACCGUUCUGGGCGUUUCUUCCUAAUCCUAUUACUUCCCCAAGACUAGCAAGAAUUUUUCCCUGGGCCGGCACAUUUCCUCUGCCUGUUGGUGUGAGAAACUUCAUAAGCUUCCUUUGGCAAAAGAUAAGUGAUCCUAGAAGUAUUGCAGAGAUUCUGAAGCAAGUAUAUGCUGAUCAUUCAACGGAUGUUGACACAGUUUUUUCUCGUAUAAUUAAGACAACCGAACAUCCAGCAGCUGCUGCAUCCUUUGCUUCAAUCAUGUUUGCUCCUAAGGCACAAAUUUCAUUUGACGAAGCUUUAUCUAGGUGUAAACUGAAUGAUGUACCUAUAUGCCUAAUGUAUGGGAAAGAGGACCCUUGGGUAAUGCCUAUUUGGGGGUCUCAGGUGAAAAGAAAGGUACCUGAAGCUCCUUAUUAUCAAAUCACCCCGGCUGGUCACUGCCCUCAUGAUGAAGUUCCCGAGGUUGUAAACUACUUACUACGUGGUUGGGUCAGAUCCUUAGAGUCUCAAGGCUCUGUUGCAAUGCCUCUUCUGGAUGACCCCGAGUCUGUUGAUUAUGGUGUUUCCAGAGACUUGGAAUUUGUCAGAGAAGGAUCACAAAGAGCAGUGAUUGUACGCGUGGUUGGAACCAAAUCGUCUAUUUGGAACCAGAUAAGUACAUUUAUCAAGUCUCACAUUGUAAAAUUUCGUGUUAACGAAAUUAGAUAGGUGUUGUUUGUCUCCGUAGCCGAUCUGAAUCUCCUAUGUAUAUAUCCAGUUCAGUCAUACAUGAAAUUGUCCUCCUGCCCCAUUGUAAUGUACACAAAUCAGCCGUAAAUGAAGUAUACGAUACCCUGAAUCAGUAUUAGUGACUCUUGCACAGUGUUCAUCCUCUGCAGAGUUAAUCCGUUA